AAAGGCUCUUCCCGGCGGCGCAUGCGCAAGGCAGACGGACGCUCUGGUUCAAACCGAGGAGGGAUCGUUGGCUCGGCGGACGGAACGGGGGCGUCGCGCGGGGCAUGAUGGCCGUCAGCACGGGAAUUUCUCUGGUGCUUUCCUCCCUCUUGUCUUUGCUGCUUUUCACGGGGAUGCAGAUGUACAGCCGCCAACUGGCCUCCAGCGAAUGGCUGACCAUCCAAGGGGGUCUUUUGGGGUCGGCCCUCUUCAUUUUUUCCCUAACCGCCUUCAACAACCUGGAAAGUCUGAUUUUCGGCAAAGGGUUCCAAGCAAAGGUCUUUCCUGAAAUUAUUUCCUGUCUCCUGCUGGCGCUGUUUGCAGCUGGACUGAUUCACCGAGUGUGUGUCACCACUUGCUUAAUCUUCUCCCUGGUUGCCCUCUACUACAUCCAGAAGAUCUCUUCCACCCUCUACCAAACGGCCACCCCGGUCUCCGUACCGGUGAAGACGGUCAGCAAAAACCGGAAGAGGAAUUGACGACGGAACAUCGGAUCUCUCUCUCUCUCUCCGUUCUGGUUUCCAUCAAUGAAUUUCAAUAAAACCUCUCCCUCGGGGGAUUUCGUUAUAUCUAUAUAUCUAUCUAUA